AUGCCAUCCCGGCGGAGCUACAGGGCCAGUUCUCGGCAUGCCUGUCUGGAGUGCAGAGGCCGGCGAAUCAAGUGCGGAAAAGAACAUCCUCAGUGCUCCUUCUGCAUCAGUCGUAAUCUGGGAUGCGAGUAUCUACAUCGCGCCUCCUCGCUGCCAUGGCCCCGAGUCAAAUCCCGUUCCUCCACGCCGUCCCUCUCUCCGGUGAAAUCCUCGCCCUCUGUUGUCGACCCCGCGUUAUUAGUCCAAUACCAAGAUAUCAUGGAGCCUUCCGUUCCCGGGUCCCUGGACAAGGAGCUCAAUAUCCAGGAUCUUGAAUUGAUGAUGCAAUGGUGUACUACGACAUAUCGUUCCGUUUCCCGAAACAGUACCGUCGAGAAUAUCUGGCAGGCUGUCGUUCCUCGGGAGGCCAUGCGCCAUCCAUUCCUGAUGCAUGGAAUUUUGGCGCUCUCUGCCCUCCAUCUUGCGGUUACCAGUGACGGCGGUUUGAGAGAACAGUACAUCCGAAUAUCGAAAGAGCAUCAGAAUCAAGCCGCGCUCGGUCUGGAGAGCAUAGCAGGGAAGCUGAAACAGCAUCACUCGAAUGCAGCCUUUACUCUGUCAAAUAUUAUGAUUAUAUUCUCUUUUGCUCUUCCAGAAAUUAUGGGACAGAGUAUAGGACAUCAUCCCGUGAACGAACUCUACGAACUUUUUCUGUCAACAAGGAAGUCGAGAGACGUGCUAUAUAAUCAUUGGGGGGUGACCGGAGAGCUCAAGCCAUUGCUUCAGUGUGACAAGGCGCAGCCAAAAAUGCCUGAUACCUCCCGGCUGGCUAUCAUGUCUCUCAACCAGUUGAACGCAAAUCUGGCUCGCCAGGAUCCCCAUCAUGAUAAAGACACAUACGAUGCCACAAUAAAACAGCUGAGUUGUUCGCUAGACAAGGUGUCAAGGGGCGGCGAGACCAUGAUCGUCGCCUUUCAGUGGAUUUUCCAGGUGCCGGAGAAGUACAUAGAGCUUUUUCGGAAACGCGACUCAUUCGCUCUCGUGAUACUUGCCCAUUACGCCGUGAUCCUCCAUUUCUUAAGGCGGCAUUGGUGGAUGGGUGAAUGGGGCCUCCGACUCAUUCGGGAAAUAGGCCAACAUUUAGAUGCCAAUUGGAGAAACUCCAUCACCUGGGUGCUCGAUGCCACGGGCUACUACAUCCCUCCAGUCUGA